UUGGGGGAGUUUCAGACUGAACAGAUCCGAAAUUUCCCUAGUUCCGAAUCUAAAACUAAAUCGUGAAAGGGAACAAAAAGUGAGAGAGAGAGAGAGUGAGAAAUAGAAAAUUUGUAGAAUUGGAAUAUUUGUAGAUUUUUCACAUUGAUUGAAUUGAACCUAAAUUACGUCUGUGAUUCUCUCUCUCUCAACUUAUUUUCUCUUCAUCUCAGUCUCAUUGAUGAAAACUUUGUUCCAGUUUGGUAAUAUCACAACUCUUUACUACUGUUCAUCCAUAAAUCAUAAUAUGUUCUGAUCGAUUUCGGCUUAGGUUAACUUUUUAGAGAGAGAAACUGUCAUCUGAUUUUGGUACGAAUUGGUGAUUUAACUAUGGGUUGCCUAUAGAUUUAGAUUUUUAUGUACACAUAGAGAGAUUAAACACAUAUAUAGAUUGUUGUGUGUGUGUGAGAGAUAGCUUCCAUCGGACAUCGAUGCCGGAGAAUCGGCAAGUCCGGAGCAAUGGUGGUUUGCCCAGUUCGUCCAAUCCAUCCGUCAACAACAUCGAAGAAGCUAUAAGGCGGUUGAAAAUUCAGACCAAUGAUAAUCAUCACAGUGAUGCAGUGGGUUAUUCGACCCCCUAUCCGGAUCGUCCUGGGGAACCAGACUGCAUCUACUAUUUGAGGACUGGGUUGUGUGGCUAUGGAAGCAAUUGUAAAUUCAAUCAUCCAGCCUAUACUGGACAGGAUGGUCUUUGCAGAGGUGAACUCCCGGAAAGAGUUGGGCAACCUGACUGUGAGUAUUUUCUGAAGACAGGAACUUGCAAAUAUGGAUCAACAUGUAAAUAUCAUCAUCCAAGGGAUAGGCACGGUGCUGGAACAAUAUCAUUAAACAGUAUGGGGCUACCAAUGCGUCAGGAAGAAAAGCCGUGUCCUUAUUACAUGCGAACUGGAUUAUGUAAGUUUGGAGUCGCAUGCAAGUUUCAUCAUCCUCAGCCUGCAUCAGCUGGAACUGUCUUGCCUGUUCGUGGGCCUACUGCCUUUGGAUCUGCGGGCUCAUCAAUUAUGCCUUCAUCAGGUCUACCUUAUUUAGGUGGACUUCCUGCAUGGACACCACCAAGAGCCCCGUUUUUAUCUGGUCCCUCCAUUCAGAGUCCCCAAGCCUACAUGCCUAUUGUUCUUUCUCCUUCUCAAGGCAACAUACCUGCACAAGGCUGGAGCACUUACAUGGGAAGCAUGAGCCCUAUAUCUUCUAGCGGUGUUCUUGGACCCAAUGUUGUUUACAACUCCAAGAAUCAAGAUGAUUCAGGUUCUGGUGGACAGUUGCAUAUGUUGCCUACAUCAAUUCUUCAUCUACCUGAGCGACCUGAUCAACCUGAAUGCCGAUAUUUCAUGAGCACUGGGAACUGCAAAUACGGAUCUUAUUGCAAAUACAAUCACCCAAGAGAGAGGAUUUCAGCUAAUUCUUUAGGCCCACUUGGGCUACCCUUGAGACCUGGGCAAUCUAUAUGUUCAUACUACAAUCUGUAUGGACUUUGCAAGUACGGCCCGACAUGCAAAUUUGAUCACCCCAUGGUGUAUCCUCAUUAUAACUUCAAUUUGAGCUUCCCUACUCUAUCUGUAAUGGAUCCAUCCCUCUUCGCAUAUCAGAGAAACUCAUCAACAGCCCACUCAUCUGAAACUUCUCCCUCAAAAUCAUCUAAAGUUCCUGACUGGAGUAGGAGACUUGACACAGCAAGCAACAAAAGUCAGAAGCCGGACACCAAAACUACUCGAGAUUCAUCAGAACAGCCAGGUCCUUCCCCACAGUCGUUGCCGGCUUCAUCGGAACUUCCACAAGAUCAAUCUGAUUAAGUCAGUUGUCUUCUUUUUUCACUCACCCAUUUUGCUACUGAGUUCCUGGAACAACAAUUUUUAUGACGUGCCCUUCCGUCCCCCUUUGCACGUGCACCCAUGGAGUGGAUAGAUUGUUUUUUUUAUCAAUGCGAUGAGCAGAAGAUGGGGGUCUGGAAGGCAUUUUUUUGUGGUGAAUAAAGUGCAAGUGAAGAAAUUGUAAGAUUUUUUCUUUUCUUUUUUUCCUGUUUGAAUUGUUCACAUUUCUUCAGAUGGUAUUUGUCUCCCACCAAGUUUGCUAGUGAUUGCUGUUGGAUGUGAAAAUAUGGUACUACUUAUUAUAUGGGGAAGUCACAUACACACCUCCUCAGGAAAGCUUAAAUUACACAUGGUACUCUCGUGUUUUCAAAAA